GGCGUUAAAAGCGCUCUUUCUGCGGAGGGGCGCCAUCUGCAGGCGGAUUUAUGUUCUACAGGCGGAGCUGCUCAACGAACCAAAACCUCCAAAGGUUCGAACAGACGGAACACGAUAUCCAUAUCCAGAGUAAAUGCACAAGCAAUGGAGCUUCUCGGUGUUCAAAUGGGCUUCUCCCUUCAUUCGGUUUUAUGUGAGAUUAAAGAGCACCAAAGCAAGACCCACGGCUCCUCUGGGUUCACGAAUUCUGACCAACCCCGAUGACGUCUUUAAACACAACAUGUGGGACCAUGUGCAGUGGACGGAGGCGGACCAAGAAGCUGCUCGGCAGAGGGCAGAAGAAAAUUCAAGUGUACGACUUCCUUUAACAGAACAAGGUAAAUUUGACACAGAUGCUUGCCAGUACUGGGACCAGUUUUAUGAGGUGCACCAGGAUAAGUUCUUCAAAGAUCGCAGGUGGCUGUUUUUAGAGUUCCCAGAACUGCUUCCUUCAUCUGGAGAAAAAAGGAAGACAAACGCAUGCUACAGUCAUCAGGUAGCAGCAGACUCUGUUAGCGGCAGCUCCCAGACGGAUGGGGAAACUGGACUGUGUCCACACAAUGAUCCCAUUCAGCACCACCAAAGAACAGACACCUUUUAUUUCCAGGAAGCAGCACCGGACCCAAAUCAAACUGUCACACAGACCUCUUUUUUUCCUGGGCAGCAUGCAUCUUUCAGGAUCUUGGAGGUUGGAUGUGGAGUUGGUAACAGCGUAUUUCCCAUUGUUAAUACCAUAAAGAACACAGACUCCUUUUUAUACUGCUGUGACUUCUCCCCUCGCGCCAUUCGGCUGGUUAAGGACCAUCCAGACUAUGAUGAUUCGGUGUGUCAUGCCUUUGUUCAUGACAUCUGUGUGGAGGCGGCCUCUUUUCCUUUUCCUCCUCAGAGCCUGGAUGUUAUCCUAGCAGUCUUUGUGCUCUCCUCCAUUCAUCCACAACGAAUGGAAAGAGUCAUCAACCGACUUUCAACGUAUCUAAAACAUGGAGGAGUUGUGCUCUUUCGUGAUUAUGGGAGAUACGACUUUUCACAGCUAAGGUUCAAGAAUGGUCGGUGCUUAUCAGACAAUUUCUACACACGUGGAGAUGGAACCUGUGUUUACUUUUUUACAAAAGAAGAGGUCCAUGAUUUAUUUUCCAAAGCUGGACUUGAAGAAAUUCAGAAUUUGGAGGACAAACGACUACAAGUGAAUCGUGGAAAGAAAGUUGUAAUGCAUCGGGUGUGGAUGCAGAGCAAGUACAGGAAACCACCUCCACCAUCACCACCCUAAAAGCCCCGAAAGCACAGCUGUGUUUCUUUUUUUUUUACAUGUUCGAUACUAUUUAAACCUCAUUUAUUCAAUUUGUGUAAAAUUUUAACUGCAGGAAAAUAAGUGAAAUAAACUAACGUAAAAUGUG